UCAUCAUCAUCAUCCCCCCAUCACUCGGCUGUGACUGUCCCUUUAAGAAAAUGCACUUGCAGCCAUUUUCUGCUCUUUGUGUGGGGUGGAUUAGCAGCACUGGGUAGGUACUGGGCGAAACUAGAGCAUCAAUCGGCACAGAAGACGAGCAAAAAAAAAAAAGGGACCAGCAAACAUUGGACCGCCGUCGCAGACCGUCUCCGUGUGCCGCCGGACGGACAUGUAAUUUACAGACUGGGGUGUUGUGUGAGUGACGCCUUGUUACCAUGACGACCCACGUUACCCUGGAGGAUGCCCUGUCCAACGUGGACCUGCUGGAGGAGCUGCCCCUCCCAGACCAGCAGCCAUGCAUCGAGCCCCCACCCUCCUCCAUCAUGUACCAGGCUAAUUUUGACACCAACUUUGAAGACAGGAAUGCAUUUGUGACCGGCAUUGCACGCUAUAUAGAGCAGGCUACAGUCCACUCCAGCAUGAAUGAGAUGCUGGAGGAAGGACACGAGUAUGCCGUGAUGCUCUACACCUGGAGAAGCUGCUCUCGAGCAAUUCCCCAGGUGAAAUGCAACGAGCAGCCCAACAGAGUGGAGAUCUACGAGAAAACGGUGGAGGUGUUAGAGCCUGAAGUGACCAAGCUGAUGAAGUUCAUGUACUUCCAGCGGAAAGCCAUUGAGCGUUUCUGCGGUGAGGUGAAGCGUCUGUGUCACGCUGAGAGGAGGAAGGACUUUGUGUCUGAGGCCUACCUGCUCACCCUGGGCAAAUUUAUCAACAUGUUCGCAGUGCUGGACGAGCUGAAGAACAUGAAGUGCAGCGUUAAGAAUGAUCACUCUGCCUACAAAAGGGCUGCCCAAUUCUUGAGGAAGAUGGCCGACCCUCAGUCCAUCCAGGAGUCUCAGAACCUCUCGAUGUUUUUAGCCAACCACAACAGGAUCACUCAGUGCCUACACCAACAGUUGGAGGUGAUUCCUGGCUACGAGGAGCUUUUGGCCGACAUCGUCAACAUCUGUGUCGACUAUUAUGAGAACAAGAUGUAUUUGACCCCCAGUGAGAAACACAUGCUGCUUAAGGUGAUGGGCUUUGGUUUGUACCUGAUGGAUGGGAACGUGAGUAAUAUCUACAAACUAGAUGCCAAGAAGAGGAUCAACCUGAGCAAGAUCGACAAGUUCUUUAAACUCCAAGUGGUGCCACUAUUUGGAGACAUGCAGAUAGAACUGUCCCGCUACAUCGAGACGAGUGCUCACUAUGAAGAAAACAAGUCCAAGUGGACGUGCACCCAGAGCAGCAUCUCGCCUCAGUACAACCUGUGUGAGCAGAUGGUGCAGAUCAGGGAGGACCACAUCCGUUUCAUCUCGGAGCUGGCGCGCUACAGCAACAGCGAGGUGGUGACGGGCUCGGGCCUGGACAGCCAGAAGUCAGACGAGGAGUACAGAGAGCUGUUCGACCUGGCUCUGAGGGGCCUGCAGCUGCUGUCCAAGUGGAGCACACAUGUCAUGGAAGUGUACUCCUGGAAGCUGGUCCAUCCCACAGAUAAGUUCUGCAACAAGGACUGCCCCGGCACAGCAGAGGAGUAUGAACGAGCCACGCGUUACAACUACACCAGCGAGGAGAAAUUUGCCCUGGUGGAGGUCAUUGCCAUGAUCAAAGGGCUGCAGGUUCUGAUGGGCCGAAUGGAGUCAGUGUUCAACCAGGCCAUCAGGAAUACAAUCUACGCAGCGCUGCAGGACUUUGCCCAGAUGACCCUGAGAGAGCCUCUGCGCCAGGCUGUACGCAAGAAGAAGAACGUCCUCAUUAGUGUUCUUCAGGCCAUUCGUAAGACGGUCUGUGACUGGGAGGGGGCGAGGGAACCUCCAAAUGACCCCUGUCUGAGGGGGGAGAAGGACCCCAAAGGUGGAUUUGACAUCAAAGUGCCGCGCAGGGCUGUAGGACCCUCGAGCACACAGCUGUACAUGGUGCGCACCAUGCUGGAGUCCUUGAUAGCGGAUAAGAGCGGCUCUAAGAAGACGCUCCGCAGCAGCCUGGAUGGACCCAUAGUGGUGGCUAUAGAGGACUUCCACAAACAUUCCUUCUUCUUCACACACCUGCUCAACUUCAGUGAGGCCCUGCAGCAGUGCUGUGACCUCUCCCAGCUGUGGUUCAGAGAGUUCUUCCUGGAGCUGACCAUGGGUCGCAGAAUCCAGUUCCCCAUUGAGAUGUCCAUGCCCUGGAUCCUCACCGACCACAUCCUGGAGACCAAGGAGCCCUCCAUGAUGGAAUAUGUGCUGUAUCCUCUAGACCUUUACAACGACAGUGGCUACUACGCUCUCACUAAGUUCAAGAAACAGUUCCUGUAUGAUGAAAUCGAGGCUGAGGUGAACCUCUGCUUUGACCAGUUUGUCUACAAGUUAGCGGAUCAGAUAUUUGCCUACUACAAAGCAAUGGCUGGAAGCGUCCUCCUGGACAAGCGUUUCCGAGCAGAGUGUAAAAACUAUGGUGUGAUCAUCCCGUACCCUCCUUCAAACCGCUAUGAAACCCUGCUCAAACAGAGACACGUUCAGCUGCUGGGUCGCUCUAUUGACCUGAACCGUCUGAUCACUCAGAGGAUCUCAGCAGCGAUGUACAAGUCCCUGGACCACGCCAUCAGCCGCUUUGAGAGCGAGGACCUCACUUCCAUAGUGGAGCUGGAGUGGCUGCUGGAGAUCAACAGACUAACCCACCGGCUUCUGUGCAAGCACAUGACCCUGGACAGCUUCGACGCCAUGUUCCGCGAGGCCAACCACAAUGUGUCCGCUCCCUACGGACGAAUCACACUCCACGUCUUCUGGGAACUCAACUUUGAUUUCCUGCCUAACUACUGCUACAACGGAUCCACAAACCGUUUCGUACGCACAGCCAUUCCCUUCACCCAGGAGCCUCAAAGAGACAAGCCAGCUAAUGUGCAGCCUUACUACCUGUAUGGGUCCAAGCCUCUGAACAUCGCCUACUCCCACAUAUACAGCUCCUACAGAAACUUUGUUGGCCCGCCUCACUUCAAGACCAUCUGCCGUCUCCUUGGUUACCAAGGCAUUGCAGUCGUGAUGGAGGAGCUGCUGAAGAUUGUCAAGAGCCUGUUACAGGGCACCAUACUGCAGUAUGUAAAAACACUGAUCGAAGUCAUGCCGAAGAUCUGUCGCCUACCGCGCCAUGAGUACGGCUCACCAGGUAUCCUGGAGUUCUUCCACCAUCAGCUCAAGGACAUCAUUGAGUAUGCUGAGCUGAAGACAGAUGUUUUCCAGAGCUUAAGGGAGGUAGGGAAUGCCAUCCUCUUCUGCCUGCUCAUCGAGCAAGCUCUGUCGCAGGAGGAAGUGUGUGACCUGCUCCACGCUGCGCCCUUCCAGAACAUUCUGCCUCGAGUUUACAUCAAAGAGGGAGAGCGUCUGGAGGUGAGGAUGAAACGGCUGGAAGCAAAGUACGCCCCUCUCCACCUUGUGCCUCUAAUUGAGAGGUUGGGAACCCCCCAGCAAAUUGCCAUUGCCCGCGAGGGGGACCUGCUGACCAAAGAGCGUCUGUGCUGUGGCCUCUCCAUGUUCGAGGUCAUCUUGACGCGCAUCCGUAGUUUCCUGCAGGACGGGGUGUGGCGCGGGCCCCCUCCCACCAACGGGGUGAUGCACGUCGACGAGUGUAUGGAGUUCCACCGCCUGUGGAGUGCCAUGCAGUUUGUGUACUGCAUCCCCGUGGGCACGCACGAGUUCACGGCAGAGCAGUGCUUUGGGGACGGCCUGAACUGGGCCGGCUGUGCCAUCAUCGUGCUGUUGGGACAGCAGCGCCGCUUUGACCUCUUUGACUUCUGUUACCAUCUGCUCAAAGUCCAAAGGCAGGACGGCAAGGAUGAGAUCAUCAAGAACGUGCCCCUGAAAAAGAUGGCCGACCGCAUUAGGAAGUACCAGAUCCUAAACAACGAGAUCUUUGCAAUCCUGAACAAGUACAUGAAGGCAGUGGAGACGGACAGUUCUACUGUGGAGCAUGUCCGCUGUUUCCAGCCUCCUAUACACCAAUCCCUGGCUACCACCUGUUGAAAAGAGCCUUCAUGCAUAGUGCACAAACACAGGCGAACACACAGAGCUGUGAAACUGAUUUCUGCCUCUCAUUGGUCUCAUAGAGGUUAAGAUUAGGCUUUUAGAAUUCAAGGACAAAUCUUAAGCUGUUCCUAUAUCUAAAACGUGACUGUCUUUUAAUUCUCAAAGCCGCCUAACAGUGGGCCAGGCCAGAGGCAGAAGUGUAAACUCACACCUUUUCCUUUUUUUAUUUAACUCUCUGUGUGGCUCUCACUCAAACUCAUGCAUGCCUUUGCUUCCUCCUUCUGCUGCACACCUGUGGACCACUGACUCAAUUGCCAAAAGUGUAACUCUCAUUGAAUCUGAAGCAACUUGUUUGAAUUCACAGCCUAAAUGCCUUUCAGAAUUCACAAUGAAACGCUGAGACAAACAAAUUAAACUAAAUCAUAAUAAACUACUAAAUAACAAGAUAAAUAACCGAUUCUUAAAGUCAUAUAAAGAGGGAAACAUGGUGCUCUCAACAGUACUAGCACAGGCACCAGUACACCUACAUACUGUCAUACAUGCCAUCUGUUAUGACCCAAACCUGUUUCUUAUGAUUCAUUUCAGCCUCUUCACUCAUGUUGAUCAUAAUCCGGCUUGCCCAUGUCCAUGAAGCAUAACGUCUUAUCAUGAUGCAUUUCAGUACUUCUUCUUCGUCCUUUUCUUCACCUGCUUGCUUUCACAGGAAUGAAGAUGCAUAGCGUUCUUGAUUUGCUUUUAUUUAUCUUAACCCUCCCCUGCAUCUGAUUUUUUUCUUGCUUCCUCCUUAAAACACAUUUUAAUUCGAUACCAGUCCCACUGUAAAUUUCACUGUUGAACUAAGUGAAGUGUUGAGUGUUGUAAUUGUUCUUGUUUUUAAUAAUUAAUAUUUUUAAUUUACACAUCCUUGGUAUACUUGCCUCUCUACUACUGGCUGGAAACCUCAUUAACUGUUUUUUUUUGUCUGCUGGAAAGAUUUUUAUAUUCUGUAAAUGAAUACAGUGAUAUUAUUUACAGUUUGGAGAAAAAAAAACAUCUUCAUCUGGGUAAAUGUUUUUGCUUUUUCAAGAGUAAAAAAACAACAAAAGAAACAAGAUUAGAAAAUACCUCUAGGUUGUAUAAAGAUAGUGCUGUACUAGAUUAACCUGUUUUGAGUGUGAGUGGAUGAUGUUGGUCUUGCAGACCUAUACUGCACAUAAAGGAAAACAUAACUAAAAUGUCAGUUAUAAUUAAAGGGCAGUUUCCUUAAUAUAGUCAGUAUUUACUAUUCUUGGAUAUUUUUCUUUAGAUAUAGCAGUGUUAUCAAAAUAUGCAAAAAUCUGUCCUUAUUUUUCUUAUGAAGGAAACAAAUGAAUUAUGACGUAACCCUCAUCAAACAGCCCUGCGAUCGUUUUUCUGCUCCGUUUUGAAUGAAGACCGUUUCUUUUUGUAACUCCUGUGUCUUUUUAUCAUAUUUAUUCAACUCUGACGUAUUGUUCAUUUCAAGGUUAAUCUAGUCAAAAUGAAGGUAUCCAUGUAUCAUCUCAAAACCUUAGCAUGGCAAGUGUAAUUUAUUGUCAACAAUGGCUCCAUUUGUGACAUGAGGCUUUGUUUAUGAUAUUGUUGUACAAGUGACCAUGUUUUGAAGUACAAAAAAAGUGGAGAAAAAGAAUAUAACAUGUACAACAAUGGUCCUGCAAAGGAUUUAAAAUUCAGUUGUAUUUCCAUGAAAUAAAAAAAAUGUUUAACUGAAAAA